GCACCAGGUGUCGAAAGCAGGAGAGAAGGAGAUAGAGAGCGUGUGUGUGACUGUUCCAGCAAACGACCGUGUAGCAACCGUUUUCGUCCUGGCGUCUGGUCAACAGAAAGGAAUGCCCUUUAACUGCAGUCGCGAUUGUGUAGGUAUUCGAUACCGCAUCAACUCGCUGCACCAGACCUGGAAGUGGCUGCAUCAGACGAUCGCCCUGCACGAGUACCUGAUUUCGAUGAGCGCAGCUGACACGAAUAUCAGCAGCCGAAAGUCGCACCACCAUCCACUACUGCAGCAGAAGACCAUCAGCACUGUUGUGUUGUGUUGCUAGAGCGUAAAGAAACCCCUCCUCUCUUAGGAACAAGGGUGCAGUUUUGUGAGUUGUUGUGUGUGGUGCUACCAGUGUUUUUACUUAAGGCAUUUUAUAUAGUUUUAGCUACCUAGAACUAAGCCGAUUAUAGUGUGUAAACAAACAAAAACUCUACUCAGCCUAGCAUUGCCUCAAAGCUCUAGUCAAAGACGUGCCUUAACAAAAACGCGUAAAGGACUACAACAUCAUUCCGUGUGUGUGUGCCUCGUAAAAAUAGAACUUUACGUCCGUUAGCUAACAGUGAACACUGCCCCAAACAUCAUCUCACAUCAUCAUCACCACCUUCGCGACCGUCUCAAGACGUGUGUAGCAAAUAGUUCACCGAAGACUGACCAGCGAGACGGAUCGUGUGCGUGCGUGUGUGGAAGAAGAACGCACCCAAAAGCAGUGUGUGGUGAAAUAUAUUCCACAAACCAUCGAGAAGAUCGAGCCCAAGAACAUUAGCAUUUUCUUUCUUAUUAUUUCCUGCGAACUGCGUCAAACCCCAACAGGUGUGUGUCUGCGGCGGGGCUACGAAUUUGCGUAUCAAAACAAAGCAACCGGUCAAAACAUACUUCGCCGUGUCUCUGUCGCCCGAAAAAAAACAACAACACAAA